GGUAUCCUUAUCAAAGUAUCGAAUAUAUCAGAAAAUCCGUCAAGGUGGCGAUUGUUCGACAUUAGAUUUUCAGCAUCGUUCGCAUACAUCUGGAAAUAAAAUUUAGAAUGUUCAAAUAGACGUAAACACAUUUCAAUUCAUUUCCUAACAAAUAACAAUGAAUAAACAAACAGUUAUACAAAAAUAUUGGUGGAAUCUGAUUAUCGGGACAAUAUUUAUGUUUAUGAUCCAAGCAAGUUCUCAAGAAUUGAAGCUCGUAGGAGAUUCAGAACUAGCUAUAUUCCCUGAAGAUGCUCAAAAAGUUUGCGAAAGUCUCAAUGGAAAUCUUGCAGUGUUGACGGAUGAAAAUAGGGAAUUUUUUGAGGAGCAACUAUUCAGAAACUGUACACCUCAUUCAGAUUUUUGUCCUAAAAUGUGUGUUUUUGAAAAUUCAUCAGAUAAUCAAUUAGAAGAACUCAAAAUACCAAAUGGUGUGAUUAUGACACAACCAGUUCAUCUCGGAGACACAUUGCACUUGAAACUGAAAAUGGAAAAUAAAACAAUGGAAGUCUUCCAACUAUCUAAUGCAAUUAUCGAAGAUAUGGAAAAAGGAUCAGAGCAACAAGUUUUUUUAGAAUUAUCAAUUUACAAUAGAUACGUUGAUAAAAGUAAAGCUAUAAACCAUACAAAAGCUCAUAAAGUUAAUGUUGGAUAUGGUGAACUUACAAUAACAGAAAAAUGGGAACGAUCUAAACAUCUAGUAAAGCCGCACAGGCUUGACAUAGAUCAAUCAGGAGAUCCCACAAUAGACUUGAAAUUAGAAUUCACCAACGAUCAACUGUUGAGCAUCAGUUCUCCCCAAAGACUUGGAAUAAAUAAAACAUUUGAAGCUCCAAUUGGAAAACCGACAGGAAGGGUGUACUUCAGAAAAUUUUAUGAAAGUCAACUAUUAGAUGCUUAUUUCACAAGAGGAAACUGUUCGAAAACUGAUUUUUACUUCUUCCCUGAGAAUCGAACCGAUGGAUUUGUGAAUUGUCUUUACACGCGAUCGCGAUCUUUGUCAAUUCCAGUGUAUAGUUGCCGGAGUGCUAGAUAUGCGGCUUGUAUGGAUAUUCGUGAUCCAAGUGUUUCUACAACUACAGUACCCCCACCAGUCAGUUCAACGAGUAUUCCGGUUACUAUAACUUCAACUGUAACCACUACGACAACUACAGAACAGGAAUCUCCGUAUUACUUUUAUGCAGAAUUAAUAGAUGAAGAAGAAUUCCUUUUUAUAUCAAUUGGUGCUCUUUCCAUUAUUUUUACAGUCGGUGCUAUAGGAUUCCAAAUUAAGAAGACCUGUCAAAGUGGUAACCUGAAAAAUGUGAAGAAACGAAAAUAAAAUAGUUGUUCA